AUGUCGCUCAAUGACUUUCGCGCCGCGUGGCCAGCUUCACGGGCAUGCGUGGCUGAUUUUAUGAACGGCGUCUCCCUAAAUGCUCAUGACUUCAUUCGAGCGCUCCAGAUUGUAGAUUGCGCCAAGCGACUACUUACGCCUGAAGAGUUGGUAGAAGCUCUUGCUACGGAUACGCAAAAUUGCUCCAUCAAUGAAGAUAAGAAGGCCAGAUUUGGAGACGGUAGGGGACUGCUGGUCGACCACUGCCAACUUGGAACGAUUGGCAAGACCCAAGCGGAGGGCCAGGGUCCAAUAUACUGGGAUAAGACGAGUCAAAUGUAUUGUGCCCAUGUGAUCAAAGGGACACGCGGGAAAGAGACCGCUGCGGAUGCUUGGCUUUGGGAUGCAGAAGCUGAAUGCGCCAAGGUGUGUCUUGCAUACCUCGAGUGCCACCCUGAGCCCUACCACAAGCGACAAAGCUCGUUUGUCGUGUACUGUGCCAAAUACUGGCCUUCUCAUAUCAAAGCCGCUCAGAACAAUGAAGUGCUCAACAAAAGGGUCAUGGACUUUUUGACCACACCAGCAGCGGUGGAAUCGUGGCUCCAGGUAUACGACGACGAGGACGCAACCUUGAGGGAGGUUCUCGUACCGCGGCGGUAUGAUUGGCUACCUGCCAGUCGAAGCCCGCUGUACCAUGCCGUCUUUCACUCAUUACCUGUGUACACUACUUUGCUAAUGCAAUCGACGAUUGAGGUACGAGACAAGGAAGAAGCGCUUUAUGCUGGGUGCUUGAUCGGGAACAGUGAUGCUGUCAAGGCACUUCUCGAUAAUGGCACAGAUCCAAAUGCGGAAUAUGGCCCUCUGGAAAGUACUUUGGCCGCCGCUGCAAAAGGCGGGAAUAUCGACAUUUUCAGAAUGCUCACCAGAAGUGGCGCCAAGAUACCUUCUGAUACUGAUGACAGCCAUCCUUUGGCAGUUGCCGCCAUACAUGGAAACUUGGACAUCAUGGAAGAAAUCCUCCAGACGCAGGACUGGGAUGCCAAGCAGAGUGUCCUAGGCUCCUGCCUUGAUUCUUUAUCGGCAAGAUUGGAUGGCGAUAGGAGAGAAGAGGCGCUAGCAGUCCUUCUGAAGCAUGUUGAAAGAUCCCAGAAAUAUGUGUAA